AGAAAAAAUUCAGUCGUUAAAUAGCCGUGUAGAAGCGUAAACGACAGCGGGAGAAAGUCGGCGUCAAGAAGAACAAAAAAAAUUGUACACACAAGUUUUAAAUUGGAAAAAAUUUCAAGUGAAAACGCGUUUUUUAAUAUAUUUUAAUAAAAAAUAUUAUUACAAAAGUGUUUCAACUAACAACAAGCCAAAAAAAAAGAUAAAAUAAUUUGAAACUUGUCGCUUCUACACUUUAAAACAAAAUAAAGAAAAUUUCUUUAGAAAUCCAAUAAUUAAUUUUAGACACAAAAUUAUUCAAUUAAACACAAAAAUUAAGGUUAUUUAACUAAUUUUAAGUUUGUUUUUUAAUUUAUAAAAUAAUUUAUAAAAAAAAAAAAGUUUAAGAAAAAAAAACAAAAUUUAAAAAUUAAAAACGAAAGGAAAACAAAAUAAUUCAGCAUCAUGAUCAAUAUGGACAUUAGUGUUACACCAAAUUAUUCAUAUAUUUUCGAUUUUGAAAAUGAUUUUAUACAUCAACGCACACGCAAAUGGAUGGUGGAAAAUUGGACAUGGGUCUUUUACUAUUGCGGCAUUUACAUGUUGGUGAUAUUUGGUGGUCAACAUUUUAUGCAAAGUCGUCCACGAUUUCAAUUACGUGGUCCCUUAAUUAUAUGGAAUACCAUGCUGGCCAUGUUUAGUAUUAUGGGAGCGUUCCGUACAGCUCCAGAACUUAUACAUGUGUUACGUCAUUAUGGAAUUUUCCAUUCCGUUUGUGUUCCUAGUUACAUAGAACAAGAUCGUGUCUGUGGUUUCUGGACAUGGUUAUUUGUGUUAUCGAAAUUGCCCGAAUUAGGCGAUACCAUCUUUAUAGUGUUGCGCAAACAGCCAUUGAUCUUCCUGCACUGGUACCAUCACAUCACCGUACUCAUCUAUUCAUGGUUCUCAUACACCGAAUAUACCUCAUCGGCCCGCUGGUUCAUUGUCAUGAAUUACUGUGUACAUUCUGUAAUGUAUUCGUACUAUGCCCUUAAAGCGGCCCGCUUCAAUCCACCCCGUUUUAUUGCCAUGAUUAUAACGUCACUGCAGUUGACCCAAAUGAUUAUUGGCUGUGCCAUUAAUGUGUGGGCCAAUGGUUUCCUGAAGACCCAUGGACCCCAGUCGUGUAAUAUAUCGCAGACAAACAUUAAUUUGUCCAUUGCCAUGUACUUCAGUUAUUUUGUAUUGUUUGCAAGAUUCUUCUAUAAGACCUACUUGUCGCCGGAGGGCAGUAAGAGCAGACGUAUGGCUGCAUCUUUGGCUGCACAAAAUUCCGCCAAACUAUCGACCUCACCUAAAACGACGAUGACAACCACAUCCUUGUCAGCAACAACGAAUGAUAAUGCAACUGGACAUUUGCUUAAAUCGAAAGUGCAGUAAAUGUAUAUAAAGACACUUUAAUCAGGGGAAAUUAAAAUAAAAUGUUUUAAGGUAUCUUUAAUCUCUAAUUAAAUUAAUUUAAAUAACACACACACACACACAAAAAACACUAUAUUUAUUUCUGGUCUUAAACAAAAAAAAUAAUAAAAACCAAACACAAAAAUGAAAGAAAUCUACAAUUAUUAUUAUUACGAGUAAUAUACAUAAAUAUAUUUUGUUGUUCUUUAAAACCAAACACUUAUAGGGGGGUUGGAAUUGAAAAUAUUUUACUUAAAAAUAUAUAUACUUUUUUUUAAAAAAAAAAUACCGAAAAUAAUAUUUAAUUUACAAAUAUUUAAAAUGUAUGUCAAUUUUUAUACAAAAACUCCCUUUGCCUCUGGAUAUUUUUGAGAGUGUAAGAGAAGUAUUAUUAAAAGUAUAAGAGAAUGUUUAAUAUAGUUUUGUGUUUUGUAUAAAAAUGAAAAAUAAUGUUUCAAAACUAAGAACAAAUUAAUAAGAAAUGGUGUUUUCGUAAAUGUAACCGUAAUUGUGCAUCACUGCGAGAAAUAAUAUAAGUUUAGGGGACGAAAAAGCAUAACCUUGGCAUCACUGCUGUACGUCAAUUGUUGUGAUGGGCAGUGAUGCCAAACAUUUCUGCCGCCACCGCUUGAAUUUAUUUACAGUUACAUCAGUGAGGUAUUAAUUUACAGCAUGAAACAUGUUGAGUAUAGAAAAAUGGCCACUUUGGAACCAAAAUUAAAGAUUUAUGAACAAAGUUUUGAAAAAGUUACAAACAGGCAGAUUAACUGUUUAAUUUUAUGCACUGUUCUAGUCAUGUCAACUUUAUUGAUUUAUAAUUAACAAAUUUAUUUGUAAAAUAAGAACCUACAUUUAAAUUUUUUAAAAAUCUAUUUUUUUACUAAAUUUUUAAUUCUGAACUUUAUGACACAUACUACAAAAUAGCUUUGAAAAUGUAUUCAUUAAAUUUUUCAUCAAUUUAAAUCUAUUACAAAAAGUCUUAAGUCAAUAUUUUUCAAUUCAUUUUGUAAAUAAUUAAAGGCAAAACAAUAGCAAAACUGAAUAAAAAAACAUAUUUUAAUUCAAAAAUAAUCAUUCAAAUGUUGAAUGAAUUCUAUUAUGAAUUAAUUUAACGAAUGAAUUCAAUUUAAAUAAAAGCCUUUGAAUGACGCUAAAGGAUUAGAUGUUAUUAAUGAAUUUAAUAAAUGGCUGAUAUUUUUUAAUUCCGAAUUAAGGGUCUGAUUUAGAAACACGAAAGUAAAUCCAUUUUCAAUUUUCUGUAUUAAAAUCACUCUGCUUUUAAAUAAUUUUUGAGUGUUUUUCAUAAAAAAAUUUGAAAAUGGUUUUCCUUUCGUAUUUCUGAAUCGGCCCUAAGAUAUUAAUGAAAUAGGCUCAAAUUUAAUAAAUUAAUUCGAAACUGUGUAACUAAAUAUUGUCAAUUCCAAAAAAAAGAUGAUAUUCCCGGAAAUUCCCAGAAUCAUUUUCCCAAUUACGAUCCUACAAGGAAUAAUCUCGUGAUUGAGUAAAUUGGGAAAUUAAAACUAACUAUAUUAAAUUUAAUUUAAUUGACAUUAUCAUUGUCAACAUGUUAACACAUUUAGAACAGUGAAGUGAAAUGUCAGUCUUGGAACUAGUGCCUUUAAAAAAACUGACAAAUUUCCCACAUGGAUUGGCAACAUUUUCCCAGACAAACCACUUAGUUUUCCGUACAUUACCUAAUUGCAGUUACAUUUCCAAGAGUGGCCAUAACUUAUAUAAAACCAAUUGAGAAAAAAAAUGUUUCAUUAUUGUAUUUUUUACUAAUAUAUUUUCUAUAUUUGUAUAUUAAAUAGUAUUUUUUACUAAUGUAUACAAAUUAUUAUGGACAAAAAGAAGCCACAAACAAGGAGUAUACAAAUCUAUGCUUAAACUAACAGAAAUAUUUGUAAUUUUGCAGAAGGACUGUAAGGGAAAAAGCUCUUUACAAAGUUACAAAGUUUCUGUAUAAAAUUAACAAUUAUUGAGGAAUAUUUUUUAUUGAGAAGAGAAAUACAAAUAAAAAAUUUAAUAAAAACAUAUUUUUCAAUUUAAAUAUUUAUUAAAAACGAUUUAAAAAAAAAUAAACAAAAACAUCACAUGCCAGGGUGACAUAGAAACAAAGUAAAAUUGUUAAAAACUUGUAUUUAAAAAAAAGGAAACCAAACUUUCAACAGUAAUUAUAUAUAAAUAUAACAUUUAAACAAACAUUUUUCAACAAUUUUUUCCAAAUAUCUAGCUUUAAUGCUAUGUUUAGUUGUGGAGGUUAGAAAGAGAGCACAAAAUUAGUUUAAAUGUCAAAAUGACAGCAGUCAUAUUAUUUCAAGCACAAAACUGUCUAGAUGUUUAACAAUGCAUACAAUUUUAAUAAAAAUUAAUAUUUACUUAAAGCAUUUACGAGUACAAACAUUAUUCUAAAUCAAAAUAUUAAAAAAAAUCUAAAAUUAGUACUCGAAAAUUAAACGUUGUGAUAACAUUUUCUGCUCUAAUUGAAAUAUUAAGUUUCAAAACAAAACAAAAUUAGAAUUUCAAAUCAUUCACUUUUCACACUUGACUCAGAGUUUAAUAAACCUUUUUUCCAAAACUAAACAAAGCAUUAAGCCCGAAACCGUAUUUUAAUAAAACACGUAUUUUUCAUAGAGAAAAUAAAUAUUUAUAUAUUUAAUUGAAAAUAAAACAAACAAACAAAAUUAGUAAAACAAAAACCUUAAUACGAGUAUGUAAUUUUUGUAAUAGUUUUCAAACAAAAAAACAAAUAAAAUAGAAAAAACUCAGUAUUUUGAAAAACAAAUAUAAAUAAAAAAAAAACUAAUUUAAAAAAUUACAUUUUAAUAAAUUACAAACAAAACAAAAUAAAUAUUGUUCCAUUGUAUAAAACUAAAUAAUUAGGUAAAAAUACAUUCUAAUUAGAAAUGUAUCAAGGUUUAAAAGGUUAUUUAACAAAAACAAAAUAAAAACAUUUUAAGUAAUUAGGUUUUUUUGUAAAAAAAAAAACAAAACAAACAACAAAGAAUUGAAACAAUUAUAAUUGCUUUUACCUUGUAUUAAUUAAUGAAAAUUAGAAUUGAAAUUUCGAUUUCUAAACCACAAUAAUUAUAUAUUCAAAUAGUCAAUGUUUAUUGAGUUUAUAUUUGUUCAAAUACACUUUUGUUCAUGUAUGCAUGUUUUAAAAUCAAUUUUAAAUUAUCACAAAAUCCAAAAUAUUUAAAUAAUUUCGACACAUUCUUUCGAUUAGUAUAACAAACACCACAGCAUUUCUACAUAUUAAAACUACAUGAGUAAUUUCUUGUCAAACUGGCUGGCCAACUUGUCAAAGUUAAAAAUUUUACCAAAAAUCGCUAGUUUUGACCUGACUCAAUGACUGAAAUAUUUUGUAAAAUAUUUUCUUAAAAAUUCCAUUAUAUCGUAACUUCUUCUCUAUUCGCACUUACUAUAUUUCUUUCUUUUUGACUAAAAUAUACAAUAAUAAUAUAUGUACGUAUGUAUUAGUUUUUAGGGCUGAGGUUUUAAUCUAAAUUUGAAAACAUACAACAAUACAUUUAAAAUUAUUACACAUAAUUAUUAAUAUUAUUAUUUAAUUUUAAUUUAUAUAACUGUAGUUUUUAAGUAUAUCAUCUGUAAAUUUCUUUUUUUUUAUUUUAAUUGUUGAAUGAAAAGCGCAAAUAUUUUUUUUAUUAUUAUUUUUCCGGAAUAAAGAAAUAAAUGAACAAAUUUUUUGAAACACAAACAACUAAA